UCGAGUGCAGCACCACCUUCCCUCCUCCUGCGUGCUGGUUGUCGGAGGAUGGUGAUGGUGGGCGGGCGGGAGUUUGUUCGAUGCCGAUAGUCAUAUGCCACGUGGAAGUGACCCAGAAGUGGAGGGGUGGGAGGAAAGCCAUGAGCAAUUGUAGGAGACGGAGGGCGUGAGGAAGUGUACGAACAAGAGGGGAAAGUGAAAACAAGAGGGCGAUUGAGCGAAAGAAGGGAAACAUACCCUUGCAUGGUUGGGUUAUGAGAUAAUGCGACCUCAGGUGCCCAUGACAGGGUGGGGAGCACCUGAAGCGGCUCCUCAAGGGCCAGGGGUAUCCUUCGGGGCUCCACCAACACAACAGCAGAUGCCAACAUACGGGACUCUGCCAUCGCAACAGCAACAGUUACCUCUGGGUCCAUCCUAUCAGCAUCAAGGACCACCGGGGCCGUCACCAGUGGUUGCCCAUCAAACCUCUACGGGCCAGCAAAUGAUAGGAUCAAGCACUGGCCCACAGCAAGGCUUCAGGCCAACUGGCAGUCCUAUGCAGCGUCCCGGCCCUCCGCCGAUGAUGGGUGCACCGCUGGUGGGCCCCAGGGAUUUUCAGCGUGGCCCACCUCCGAGUUCCACCGCCUCUGCGACGCUGACACCAGGACCUAUGGGACAAAUGCGCCCCCCGUCAAUGCGUCCUAUGGGUGGAGGUGACAUGGUGGGCCUGCAACAUCGUCAGUCUACCCCGCAGCAGCAUCUGACCUCGGGAGUGGGAGGAGAGUUGAUGGGGAAUGGCCCCCCGGUCCCGCGUUCGGGAACAAUGGGGAUGGGUUAUCCACCGGGACCACCACCACCUUCUGGUACAGCUGGGCUGGGCCCUGGGUUCAGGGGUCCUCCUGCUCCUGCAGGUGCAGGGGCAGCGCUGUGGAGCCAGCCAGGUGAUGGGCCGUUACGUCCUCCUCUUCCCCCUUCGGCUUCGUCAUUGCCGCAAUCAGAGAGCAUGCGGGAGGGUUCUGCGCCUGCAACAGCGAACUCCUUUUUCACAUCCCCAUCUCCAAUGAGUCCCCCUGGUCUGACAGGCCCGUCCGGACCACAAGCGAUGGCAGUCGGACCACCACCUCAUGGCCCUCGUCCAUCGUCUUCACCCUUGCCGUAUGGUCUCGGUGAUCCUCAGCCAGGUGGCAGGGGUGGUGUCUCUGCCCCUCCAAUGUCUCGGUCGCUGCCCCCCACAAAUGCCGCUCCUCCCACAUCACAUCCACCCUACAUGUCAGCCUACACACCGUCGCCACCACAGCCUCCAAUGAUGCAGAUGAGGCAGAUGUCACUGGGUGCUCCUGCAUCCGCCUCUGUGCCUCCUGUCCAAUCAAUGGGGCUGCCUUCACAGGGAUCUUUUGCGCCUAUGGGACCGCCAUCUCAACCGCCGACCAUGAUGCACCCUUCCAUUGGGGCCCCGGGACUUGGACAACAGCAACACGUGUAUUCAGAUCCAUACGGUUCGAGGAUGCCUGGAGGAGCUCGCCCUUUGCAUGGUUCUCUUGGGGUCUCAAAUGCGCAAGUUGCUCAUGGGUCUGUCAGCAGCCCCCCGCCGCCUAUGUCUCGUAUUGACCCCCACUCUAUCCCCCACCCAAUAGAGGGGGAAUCGGUAGAUGAGGUGUUUCAGACACGCGCAGGCGGGAUGGGAACCCCUCCCCCCCCAGCCACAUCUCAUUUUGUGGCGAAAGACACCGGAAAUUGUAACCCUAGGUUCAUGAGAUGCACGAUGAGUCAGAUACCAGUGAAUGACGACUUGCUGACAAAGUCGGCGAUGCCGUUGGCACUCAUGGUCCAGCCACUUGCAUUGCCGGAUCCAGAGGAAGAACAGAUCCAGGUAGUGGAUUUCGGCGAGUCGGGACCUGUACGAUGUGCACGAUGCAAGGCAUACAUCAACCCUUUCAUGAGGUUUCUGGACGCGGGGCGGCGAUUUCAAUGUAACCUCUGUGGUAACAUGAAUGAGACGCCAAGGUCAUAUUUCUGCAAUUUGGGGCCCGACAUGAGACGAAGGGACGCGGAUGAGCGCCCAGAAUUGUGCAAAGGCACUGUGGAAUUUGUGGCAACGCCGGAGUUCAUGAUCCGACCGCCGAUGUCGCGAACGUACUUCUUCUUGAUCGAUGUGUCGAUGACCGCCGUCUCCAGUGGCAUGACAGCUUGCGUAUGCAAUGCUAUCUGCAGGUGCCUGAGCGGGUUGCCCGAAAGCUCAAGGACCAUGAUUGGGAUUGCGACAUUCGAUGCGACAAUUCAUUUCUACAACUUGAGUCCUUCUCUGUCCCAACCUGCAAUGCUGGUGGUCCCCGAUGUGGAUGACGUCUAUGCACCUCAACCGUUGGAUUUGGUUGUCCCUCUUCGGAGGAGUUUCGACCAUAUCGUGGCCCUCCUGGAGAACAUUCCAAGCAUGUUCCAAAACACACGCAUUGCCGACUCCUCGUUCGGUGCAGCAGUUCAGGGUGCCUAUCUUGCGCUGAAGCCCACAGGAGGCCGGUUACUAGUGUUUCAGUCCGUGUUGCCAACCAUCGGUGUUGGCGCGUUGCGUGGGCGAGAAAGCGAGGCAAAGUCGUCGUCUGUGGCAACAGCGACAGGAGACAAAAAGGAAACACACAAGCUUCUUCUCCCAGCAGAUCCAACUUUCAAGAAACUCGCAACGGAAUUUGCAGAGUUUCAAGUUUCUGUCGAUUUGUUUCUCACUUCUCUUGCGUACGUCGACGUCGCAUCCUUGUCUGUCCUUCCUAAAACUACUGGCGGCCAGGUGUAUUAUUACUCCCCUUUCGCUGCAGCCGUCGAUUCUUCGAAGAUUUAUAACGAUCUCCGAUGGAACUUAACAAGACCGCAAGGUUUCGAAGCAGUACUGAGAGUGAGGUGCAGUCGGGGGCUCUCGGUUCAGGAUUACAGAGGAAACUUCUGCAAGCGCAUUCCCACGGACGUAGACCUGCCGUCGAUCGAUUGCGACAAAUCAAUCAUGGUGACAUUCAAGCAUGAUGAUAAGCUUCAGGAUGGCGAAGAGGUAUGCUUCCAGUGCGGGCUGCUCUACACGACGGCAGAAGGGCAGAGACGGAUCAGAGUGCACACACUUUCUUUGCCUUGCACGUCUGCUCUGGGCAACCUUUUCCGGUGCGCGGACCUGUAUACACAGUUCGCCUACUUCUUGAAGCAAGCGGCGGAGCAGGUUCCGUCGACUCCUCUAGGAACAAUCAGAGAAAGUAUCGUGAAUCAUUGCGUGAACAUUCUGCAUUCUUACCGCAAGAAUUGUGCAACGUCGACGGCCCCCGCACAGCUCGUUCUGCCAGAAGCCCUCAAGCUGCUGCCUCUAUACACUCUGGCGUUGCAGAAAAGCGUCGGGCUCAGGUCUGACGUGUUCGUGGAUGAGAGAGCGUAUUGGCUUGCGCGGGUGUCAUCGUUGUCGACCGCUUUGUCCAUUCCUCUGGUCUAUCCACGGAUGUUCGCUUUGCACAAUCUCCCAUCUACGGGAGAUGCCAACGCCAACGGUUCUUCAGCUGGUGGAAUAUUGCCUCUUCCCGUUCAUCUCUCAAGCGAGAGGCUGGACCACGAGGGCGUAUUUUUGCUCGAAAAUGGCGAGGAUGCUUAUAUUUGGGUCGGGAAGGGAGCGAGCACCGAUCUGCUCUACCAGUUGUUCGGUGUCCGGUCCGUCGAUGAAAUAAUGCCGCCAGGCCAGUUCGUGCUGCAGGAGUACGACAACGAGCACUCGAAGCGGCUGCAUGAAAUCCUGAACCACAUCCGACGGCAGCGAUGCUCUUACCUUCGCUUGCGAGUUAUUCGGCGAGGUGAUCCCUUGGAGAAUGCUUUCUUCUGGAACCUCGUGGAGGACAAGACGCCCGGGAACGCGUCGUACACGGAGUUUCUUUGUCACGUCCACCAGCAGAUACAGAAUAAGCUAGCAGGGUCAGUAAACUGACUCCUGGUUUGAGCAACAGAUGUGUACCUGCUGUUUUGUUGACAACGGAGAUACAAUAGUGACAUCGAACACGACAUGCUGGGCGGUUUACCUCUCACGGAAUCGCACGAAGCGUCCGCCGAACCACAGGCGAAAAUGCCCAUCCAAUACUCUCUUUCUUCCCGAGUCAAGCGCUCAGAAAUGGAGAAUCCUUUCCGUCGAAACCGCCCUGCAUUGCGAGGACGGCCGAUUUGAGUAAGAUGGGGUUGCUGGAAGUUUAAUCCACCAGUACCUCAGGGGGUCUUAGGCCCCCUCUCACACGAAUGAAUACAGACCCGCGCGGCACACCGAUUCAUUCACCGCGUCAGCGCCUAAAAACGAGGUAGGAUCUGGUGGCUUAAGGCACUUGCGAUGUUUCGCAUCUUGGCAUCGACUUGGUGUGUCUUUUCUGAAGGGAUGUCGUUGCUACAGAACGAGGCUCGAAGAGAUCUCCGACCCUUCGCAUUUUUUUACGUGUUCUUAUGUCGUUUGUCUACGUGACACGAUGGGUUGAUUAUUUCCUUUGUUCGUAGGAAGUAAGUGUAGUCGCUGCAUCCAUGUCCGCAUGUGAGCAUGGCUGGAUCGGUGUGAGCAUGGCGGUAGAAGAGAAUACGUGUUUGACACAGAGAUUGUAGGCGCCCUGUGCGGACGAUUGAUAUGGUGAAUAAAUUGUGGUGAUUGUUACAGGUGAAUAAAUUGUGGUGAUUGUUAAAGGUGAAUAAAUUAUGUGGAGCCAG